AUGCAGCACUACGGGGUGAACGGCUACUCGCUGCACGCAAUGAACUCUCUCAGUGCCAUGUACAACCUGCACCAGCAGGCGGCCCAGCAGGCCCAGCACGCCCCGGACUACCGGCCCUCGGUGCAUGCACUUACCCUGGCUGAGCGCUUGGCCGGCUGUACAUUUCAAGACAUCAUCUUGGAGGCCCGCUAUGGCUCCCAGCACCGCAAACAGCGCCGCAGCCGCACGGCAUUCACCGCUCAGCAGCUCGAGGCCCUGGAAAAGACCUUCCAGAAGACCCACUACCCAGAUGUGGUGAUGCGUGAGAGGCUGGCCAUGUGCACCAACCUGCCAGAGGCCCGGGUGCAGGUGUGGUUCAAGAACCGCAGGGCCAAGUUCCGGAAGAAGCAGCGCAGCCUGCAGAAAGAGCAGCUCCAGAAGCAGAAGGAGGCCGAGGGCUCCCACGGGGAAGGCAAGACAGAGGCCCCAACCCCAGACACCCAGCUGGAGACUGAACAGCCCCCAAGCCUGCCCAGUGGUGACCCCCCUGCCGAGCUUCACCUGAGCCUGUCUGAGCAGUCGGCCAGUGAGUCAGCCCCUGAGGACCAGCCAGACCGGGAGGAGGAUCCCCGGGCAGGGGCCGAGGAUCCCAAAGCUGAGAAGAGCCCUGGGGCUGAGAGCAAGGGGCUGGGCUGCAAGAGGGGCAGCCCCAAGGCAGAUUCCCCAGGCAGCCUGACCCUGGCUCCCGCAGCCCCCGGGGGCGGCCUCCUGGGCCCCUCCCACUCUUACUCCUCCUCCCCGCUGAGCCUCUUCCGUCUGCAGGAGCAAUUCCGCCAGCACAUGGCGGCCACCAACAACCUCGUACAUUACUCAUCCUUCGAAGUGGGGGGCCCGGCCCCUGCUGCUGCUGCGGCCGCUGCCGCCGUGCCCUACCUGGGUGUUAACAUGGCCCCCCUGGGCUCACUGCACUGCCAGUCCUACUACCAGUCCCUGUCAGCAGCCGCUGCUGCCCACCAGGGCGUGUGGGGGUCCCCACUGCUGCCCGCGCCCCCCGCCGGCCUGGCACCUGCCUCGGCUGCCCUGAACAGUAAAACCACGAGCAUCGAGAACCUGCGGCUUCGGGCCAAGCAGCACGCGGCCUCUCUGGGACUCGAUACACUGCCCAACUGA